UGGUAACUUAGUAUUAGACACCACUGACAUUAAAUAAUGAAACCAAACAAUGACAGAAUGAUUUUGAAAAAUUCUCACGCUGUUUGAAGGAGAUUCCAUAUGAAUUUAUUAUGAUUUUACAGUAGUACCUAACACUGUCUGUAAGGUAUUCUCUCAGAGACUAUACCAAUACAUUUUCUAAAAGAUAAAUGCGUUAAAGUAAUAAAUAAAUCGUUUAAACAUUCGAAAAUGCAUCCAGCACCGCGGACAGCGCCUGCGUCUCACGAGCGAAGCUCGCAGGAUGUGGCCAUCAUUCGCUCUGUUCAUUGCGCGCGCCCCUCCCAACCGCUUUCCUCUCAAGUCCCUUGCAAUGACUGGCGAACGGAGGCACAGCACGGAACACGUAUACAGCACCAGCAGCAUCUUCAAUCUGGCCGUGUGAAGAGAUUGCACUGUCCGUUUCCGCAUCCUGCUUCCAGCACCUGAAGUGUUUGUGGAUAUAAAAAUUUCACCACAAGCCGUCCAGCCCUCUGAAUGCUGAGCAUCGCGUCAACAAAUUGAUAAAUUUCACUCCGUAAAUAUCCCAUCGCGCUUUUAAUUAGCUUGCAAGGUUAGGCGAGCGCUGCCCAAGAGUAAAAAUGUUGGAUCCGUCGUCCAGCGAAGAGGAAUCGGACGGGAUAGUGGAGGAGGAAAGCCGAGAGGUGAUGGCUCCACAGUCCGGAUCCACUCGCAUCUCCCCCAGCAGGACCAGCGAGUGCUCCACAGAUAGGCUCCAACCCACCAGCCGAGGCUCCAGCGUGCGUCCAUCCAGCCCGAGCCCGUCGGCCGCCAGCGAGCAGGAGAAGGAGGACGUGGAGAAACUGCAUAGGGAAGAAGAGGAACGCAAGAAGAAGCUGCAACUCUAUGUCUUUGUGAUGCGAUGCAUCGCCUAUCCUUUCAACGCCAAACAGCCGACCGACAUGGCAAGGCGACAGCUGAAGAUCACAAAGCAGCAGCUGCAGACCUCUAAGGAUCGCUUUGAGUCUUUUCUCAAAGGAGACACACAGAUCGUGGCAGAUGAGGCCUUCAUCAAUGCAGUUCAGAGCUACUAUGAGGUUUUCCUAAAGAGUGACCGUGUUGCCAAGAUGGUCCAAACAGGAGGUUUAUCUGCUCUGGACUGUCGUGAGGUGUUCAAGCGGCAUAUUGAGAAACGUGUUCGGAGCCUGCCAGAGAUCGAUGGCCUCAGCAAGGAGACGGUGCUGAGCUCUUGGAUGGCAAAGUUCGACACCAUCUACCGUGGAGACGAGGACCCACGCAAGGCACAGCAGCGCAUGACCGCCAGCGCCGCAUCCGAGCUCAUCCUCAGCAAAGACCAGCUCUAUGAGAUGUUCCAGCAUAUCCUUGGGAUCAAGAAAUUUGAGCACCAGCUGCUGUACCAGGCCUGCCAGUUGGAUAAUCUGGACGAGCAAGCAGCUCAGAUCAGGAGAGAACUGGAUGGGCGUCUGCAGAUGGCUGAUCAGAUUGCCCGGGCCGGCAAAUUCCCCAAGUUUGUGUCCAAGGAGAUGGAAGCUAUGUAUAUUGAGGAGCUAAAGAGCUCAGUGAACCAGCUGAUGGCUAACCUGGAGAGCAUGCCUGUCUCAAAGGGAGGAGAGUUCAAACUGCAGAAGCUUAAGAGGGGACACAACACCUCCAUCAUCGAUAUGGGACAGGAAGAUGAAAACCAGCUUUCCAAGUCUGAUGUUGUGCUGUCUUUCACACUUGAGGUGGUGAUUAUGGAAGUUCAGGGGUUGAAGUCAUUGGCUCCUAACCGCAUUGUGUACUGCACUAUGGAGGUAGAGGGUGGAGAGAAGCUACAGACAGACCAGGCAGAGGCAUCCAAACCAACUUGGGGAACCCAAGGAGACUUUACCACCACACACCCUCUGCCAGCGGUCAAAGUGAAGCUCUUCACUGAGAGUACAGGAGUACUGGCGCUGGAGGACAAGGAGCUGGGCAGGGUUGUCCUUCACCCAACUCCCAACAGUCCAAAGCAGGCAGAGCUACAUAAGAUGGCCAUCACCAAGGCCUGCCCUGAUCAAGAUCUGAAGAUCAAACUUGCCAUCCGGAUGGACAAGCCUCAGAACAUGAAGGCUUGUGGUUAUUUAUGGGCUGUUGGCAAAAACGUUUGGAAACGCUGGAAGAAGCGCUUCUUUGUUCUGGUCCAGGUAAGUCAGUACACCUUUGCCAUGUGCAGCUAUCGGGAGAAGAAGUCAGAACCUCAGGAGCUGCUGCAGUUGGAUGGCUAUACUGUGGACUACACUGACCCACAGCCAGGUCUAGAUGGAGGUCGAGCGUUCUUCAAUGCAGUGAAGGAGGGCGACACUGUGAUCUUUGCCAGUGAUGAUGAGCAGGACCGCAUCCUAUGGGUGCAGGCCAUGUAUCGGGCCACUGGCCAAUCACACAAACCCGUCCCGCCAACCCAGGUCCAGAAACUGAAUUCUAAGGGUGGAGCUUCAGCACAGAUGGAUGCUCCAAUCUCUCAGUUCUAUGCUGACAGGGCACAGAAGCACGGCAUGGAUGAGUUUAUCUCUGCUAAUCCAUGUAGCUUUGACCAUGCCUCGUUGUUCGAAAUGGUGCAGAGGCUCACAUUGGACCACAGGCUAAAUGACAACUUUGCAUGCCUGGGAUGGUUUAGCCCAGGACAAGUGUUUGUUCUUGAUGAGUACUGCGCACGGAAUGGAGUGAGAGGAUGUCACAGACACCUCUGUUACCUCGGUGACCUGCUGGAGAGGGCAGACACAGGGCACAUGAUUGACCCCACGCUGCUGCACUACAGCUUUGCAUUUUGUGCCUCCCAUGUACAUGGCAACAGGCCUGAUGGUCUCGGCACCGUAACAGUGGAGGAAAUGGAGCGCUUUGAGGAAAUCAAAGAACGAUUACGUGUUCUUUUGGAAAAUCAGAUUACAAACUUUAGGUAUUGCUUUCCGUUUGGUCGCCCCGAGGGAGCAUUGAAAGCCACUCUGUCUUUGCUGGAGAGGGUGCUUAUGAAGGACAUUGUCACCCCAGUGCCACAGGAGGAAGUCAAGACUGUCAUUUGUAAAUGCUUGGAACAAGCAGCUCAAAUCAACUACCAGCGUAUUACAGACUACGCCAGAGUGGAAGGAAAAAAGAGGGAAAUGUAUGAUCACCCUGUCUACUCCUUGGCUACACAAGUUAUGGAUUUAACCAUCCUUGAGAAAACUCUAAAGGAUCAGAAGGAUCCAGAGAAUGUAGCUAAUCUAGCUACGCCUGCUAAAAAACUGGAACACGUCAUCCGCCUGGCGGAGUUAGUCAUAGAGGUUCUCCAACAGAACCAGGACCAUCAUGCAGAGGCUGCGGUCACAAGUACAGGAGACCAGUCGGCCUUUGCAUGGUGGUCAGACCUGAUGACAGAACAUGCUGAGAACUUCCUGUCCUUGUACGGUGUGGAAAUGGAUGCUGCCCUUGAGAUCCAGUCUCCUGAGAGCUGGGACAGUUUCCCGCUCUUUCAGCUUCUUAAUGAUUUCCUCCGUAAUGACUAUCACCUGUGUAAUGGAAAGUUUCACAGACAUCUGCAGGAUCUGUACGCCCCUCUUGUGGUGCGAUAUGUGGAUCUCAUGGAGUCCUCCAUCGCUCAGUCCAUUCACAGGGGAUUUGAACGGGAGUCAUGGGAACCUGUAAAGAGUUUAACAAGUAAUCUGCCCAAUGUGAAUCUACCAAAUGUGAACCUUCAAAUUCCCAAAGUACCAAAUCUUCCCGUGCCAGUAGCAGGAAUAUCUGUUAACCUUCCACAAAUGCCUAGCUUUUCCACUCCAUCCUGGAUGGCUGCUAUUUAUGACUCUGACAAUGGCUCAGGAACAUCAGAAGAUCUGUUCUGGAAGCUGGACGCCCUCCAGACCUUCAUCAGAGAUCUACAUUGGCCGGAGGAAGAGUUUGCCAAGCACUUGGACAACCGGAUGAAACUCAUGUCAAGUGAUAUGAUCGAGACAAGUGUUAAACGCACCAAGGGGGCAUUUGAAUCCAAGCUGGCCAAAAGCAGCCGUUCCACAGAUUUCCGCAUCCCACUGUCGUUAUGCACCAUGUUCAAUGUGAUGGUGGAUGCCAAGGACCAGUCUGCUAAACUCUGUGCAAUGGAGAUGGGCCAGGAGAAACAAUACCAUUCUCAAAUUGAUGAUCUUAUUGAAGAGAGCGUAAAAGACAUGAUUUCUCUUUUGGUGGCAAAGUUUAUGGUGAUUCUGGAGAGCGUGCUAGCCAAGAUCUCUAGGUAUGAUGAAGGAACUCUGUUCUCAUCCUUCCUCUCCUUUACGGUGAAAGCAGCUGCAAAGUAUGUGGAUGUUCCUAAACCAGGGAUGGACGUCGCUGAUGGCUAUGUGACCUUUGUCCGUCAUUCUCAGGACAUUCUGAGAGAUAAGGUCAAUGAGGAGGUGUAUAUAGAGAGGUUAUUUGAUCAAUGGUAUACAGCCACUAUGAAUCUGCUGGCGACCUGGCUGACUGAGCGCAUGGACCAACAGCUUCAUGUCUAUCAACUCAAAAUCCUCAUCAGGAUCGUAAAGAAGAAAUAUCGAGAUUUCAGGCUGCAAGGCGUUCUUGACUCUACACUAAACAGCAAGUCAUACGAUACUGUACGGAACCGGCUCACCCUAGAAGAAGCCACGGCCUCUGUCAGGGAGGGAGGCAUGCAGGGCAUCUCGAUGAAGGACAGUGAUGAGGAAGACGAUGAGGACGAUUAGAGCAUCGAGCCAUCCGAUGUCACCCACCACCCUGAACCUCACCUGUCUAUCCAACCUUACCCUACCCCAACACUUUAAACUUAGCCUGAUAAAGUAAGAUGCAUGUAACGACUCUGAUUACCCAGCUAGCCACUCUAGGAUCUUCCCCUAUCAGCUCGAAUUACCCACAAACAAAGCUAAAAAUACAAUAAAAAUGUACUGAGCAAAAAGAAAGUCGCAAAGAGCGUGAUUGGCAAUUUUAGCUGAGUCAUAAUAUAAUAAAGAUCUACAAACUAGCACCAAUUUUUUAACUCAUUUAUUUGAGGAAUUUGUUUCUGUGUGUUCCUAAGCAAUAUGGAGUACCAUUUGUUUGAUAAUGUCGAGUGAGAUUAUUAGGUGUGUCCCUGUCCAAUGCGAAUAACAUAUAUGCGCUUCUUUGACGUACUCUUACAUACAUUAAUGGUACAUUGUUGUGAAGAUGAGUGUAUGGACCCUCUUCUUUGGACCCUCUUCUUUGUCUUGUCUGUUUUUAAAGUGGAUGCCAACUGCUUAAAAACUAAAAAGGAACUUCUGUAUUUAAUUUUAAAACUGUUAACUGUAAAUGUCUUCUGUGUCUGCACAUUUUCAUUGUAUAUUUUGUUUUCUUUCUUUGUGUAAGGCUCUGUGACCCUAUGUUGUAAACAACCAACUAGGCAUUGUCUCACAGGCAUCGUAAAAUGAAAAUGAAUUGGUAUUCUAGAAAUGCAAUAUCCUCAUACCUCCAUUUUGAUAUCUUGUUGGAGACUUCUUUUAAGUAGAUGUCAGACAUGAUGAGAAAAAGCUCUAUUUUUGGUUCGGUUUCACUUUUACAGAGGAUCUCCCUCUCUCUGUUUUUAAGUUUGUAAGUCCAGUUAAAGUCAUUCUCUUUAUGUUAGUAUAUCUGUUAAGAUUGAUAUUUGCCAUUUUUGGGGGGUCUCACUAUUGUUUUGUAUAUAUGAUGCUGUACAUUGCAUUCUGAGCCAUCACUGCAUGCCUGUGGGAUCCACCUUCUCCAAAAGCUUUUUGUUUUUCUGUGUCAAUUAGCUGGUGGAUUCAUUCUUGCGUUUGCCUUAUCAAAGCGAACAGCUGUAAUAUGCAAGAGCUGUGGCCUCUCAAUAAAGAUAACAUGAUAUACUAA